AUGCAGACUGCUUCUACAAACCUUUGUGAAAGAAUGGGUCGCUCUCAGGAGCUCAGUGAAUUCAAGAGCAGUACCGUGAUAGGUUGCCACCUGUGCAAUAAGUCCAUCUGUGAAAUUUCCUCGCUACUAAAUAUUCCACGGUCAACUGUCAGUGGUAUUAUAAGCAAAGUGGAAGCAACUGGGAACAGCAGCAACUCAGCCACCAAGUGAGCGGGGUCAGCGCAUGCUGAAGCACACAGUGCGCAAAAAUCGCUGUCUGCAGAGUCAAUAGCUAAAGACCUCCAAACUUGGCCUUCAGAUUAGCACAACAACAGUGUGUAGAGAGCUUCAUGGAAUGGAUUUCCAUGGC